UUUUCAGUUGCCCAGAGUCACGUCUGUCCCCGAUAUCUCCCGUGUUGAUUUCUGGUUUAAUGAAAAUUAUCAACGACACGCAAGGGGAAUCCAAACUGCGCGGAUCGGCUUUAGUUGCCCUGGGCAAACUUGGUCAAAAACUUCCUGAAGCUGUGACCAAAGAUAUGGCAAUCAUCCAAAUGCUCUUUAAUGCCAUGGCAACGGAAGAACCCGAGACAAGAAUGGCCGUACAAGAGGCUCUGUCCAUCAUGCUGCCGGCAUUUAAACAUUUAAGCAGCUCAAAUGCCGCCAUCCUGGAAGCCCUGCUGGCAACUUCUUUGGAAUCCCAACAACAUCUCUUGCGACUUAUUGCCGUACAAUACGCCGGUGGAAUAUUCCAUUCCACCCACGUCACUUCUCGUUAUCUCCUCCUCCUGGCCGCCGGAGACCCGAAAGAAGAAGUAAAAUCGGAAGCUAUGAAAUUGCUCUACUCUAAUCUUCCGAAAUCGAUCGAAACUUCCGACGCCGAUUCGAUGGAAGUCGAUGAAACUGAAAAUAAAUGGCUGCCCGAUUUUGUCGAAAUGGUUUUAUGCAUUUCAGAGAAGGCUUCGUCUAGAAUGAAAAGCCGCAGUGCAGUGACAUAUGGAACCCGCACACUCCCAUUUGAUAUUAAUGCCUACGCAGAGAUGCUGUCGUAUUUGCGGCUGUGUCUGGCAAAUAGUGCUUCGUUGACGCCAUCGUUGGAGCUCCUUAAAGAACCGGAAUUGAUCAGUUCUGUGGCUCGCCACUACAUUGAAAAAUUGGUGAGCGAAAAUGGACCUGUGACGGCCUAUCUUGAUUUGGCGCUGGAAUUGCUGGCGGCCAAUCCGUCCAAAGUUCCACUCCAGUGCAUCCUGGAAAUCGUGGCCGGAGUUCCCAAGCUGUCGGCCGUCUUGCUUUCGAAACUGGACAUGUUUAAAACCCUGCAACAUCAUAACAAAGAAGACGUCCGUGAAAUGGUCGCCCAAAUCCUGGCCGUCGUCGUCUGUCAAAGUUACGACACGCUCCAAAUUGACGCGCUGAUUCACGAUCUUUGCCGCAACCUGAAAGAGAAGCCGCUGGAACAGCAGCACGGAUCCAUUUUGACUCUGGGCUACACCGUCGGCCGAAUCGUUCGCAGUCACUUGUCCGGGACUGGUAAUAACCGCGAGGAGCUGGAAAAGAGUUGCCGCCACCAACUCUCGCCGCGAUUGUCGGCCGCCACUUCCUUGGUGAUUGAUUUCCUCUUCGAGUCACCACAUCCGAUGACGCUGAGCGCCGCCUGUCUGUCUGUAGGCGAAAUGGGCCGUUGCGGUCCCCUGCUGGACUCGACCGGAGAGUCUACACGCGCCGUAGAAAAGCUGCUCACGGUUGUCGACGACGCCAAAAUUGGUAGCAAAAUCAGAGAGAAAGCUGCCCUCGCUGCUGGCUAUCUCUCGCUCGGCGAACUGGAAUAUCCUCGCCGGAAGCACGUCAUUGAACACUUUCUAACUUCCACUGAGGAAAUGAAAGAUGUCGAGAUACAAUUCACGAUCGGUGAAGCUCUUGUCUGUGCCGCUUUGGGCCUCAUUUCGCCCGAAAGUCGUGAUCCAUGGACCGUCAAAGAGCGGGACUUUGUAGAACCCGAUAACGCACCUUCGCAACUCGAUUUUCUCCUCGAUGAAUUGCUGAACAAAUACGUUGCCCAUCUUAAUCCCAACGUCAAACAGGCUACCUCGAUCUGGUUAUUGGCCUUAGUCAAACGAUGCCCACAGAGGCCGGAGAUGAAAGAAAGGCUAUUGCGCAUUCAACGUGCAUUCAUGUCACUUUUGGUCGAAGGUGGAGACUUGGUUCAGGAUGUAGCCUCCAAAGGUUUAGGACUAGUCUUUGAGUGCUGCACAGUGGAACAGCAGAAUCUACUGGCAGGGGAAUUGGUCGGCUCCUUAACCACAGAUCGCCGGCCGGCUAUGCAAGUCAAUAAAGACACCAAGGUUUUCGAGGAAGGCAGUCUAGGAGCUAAUCCUUCAGGGGGACAAUUGUCCACGUACCGAGAACUUUGUUCUUUGGCCACUGAUAUGAACCAACCGGAUUUAAUCUACAAAUUUAUGCACUUGGCCAAUCAUAACGCCAUUUGGAACUCGAAAAAGGGCGCAGCGUUUGGAUUCGGUUCGAUUGCCAAGAAAGCCGGGCAGCAGCUGGCCCCGCACUUGCCAGUUAUUGUACCCAAAUUGUACAGGUACCAGUUUGAUCCCAGUCCACGCAUCCGUCAAUCGAUGGCUUCCAUCUGGGAGGCUCUGGUCAGCGAACAGUCGAAAACCAUCGACUUAUACUUCCAGCCUAUCCUCGACGACUUAAUCGUUCACUUGACUUCCAAUUUGUGGCGGAAUCGCGAGUCGUCUUGCAUGGCUUUGGCUGAUUUAUUACGAGGCCGGACACUUGAAAAUGCGCUGGAUAAAAUGGACGCCAUCUGGAGCACUCUCUUCCGUGUGGUGGACGAUAUCAAAGAAUCGGUUAGGAAAGCGGCCGCAACUGCUCUCAGAGCCCUCAGCAAGGUCUGCAUCAAAAUGGUCGAUGUUGAUGCGGGUAAAGUGAAUAGUCAACGCACUGUCGAACUCGUAUUACCCGUUUUAUUGCAGCAAGGAUUGACCAGCAGUGUGGAAGAGGUCCAAGCAAUUACUCUGGAGACACUGAUAAAAGUAGUCAAAUCAGCCGGAAAUCUGGUUGGGACCCACUUAGCUCCACUCAUAUCCGCCUUGCUGGAAGCCACUCAAGUGGCCGAGGGUCAAAGCUUGAAUUAUUUGAGUGUUCGCUUGGGCAAUCAGCUGGCCACUCAAGAGAAGCUCGAUUUGGCAAGGAUUUCUGCCGCCAAGAGUUCUAAUCUCUACGAAACCGUCCAGCACUGUAUCCAGUACGUCAACGAAGCCAACACCCCAGGGGUCGUAGCAGCCUUGGUGGAUUUACUGAAGGGUUGCCAGGGAAUAACAACGAAAGGAUGUGCUGCCCAUGUCAUUUGUCUUUUGACGCAACAGUGUCAGAACGACAUCCAACCUUUUGCCGGGAGAUUGAUGGCGGUGCUCGUUAAAGGAUUGGGCGACCGAAACGUUGCCUUGAAAAAGACGUACGCAGUGGCUCUAGGUCAUUUGGUUCGAGUCGCCAAAGAAUCGAGCGUCGUCAAGUUGAUGGAAACUUUGGAGAAUCGCUACCUGGAAGCGGAAGAUGAAGACUCUCGACUGGCCUGCAUGCACACGCUGCAGGCCAUGGUCCGAUACAAUCCGGACGUCGUUAAAAAUCAUUCGAGUCAUACCGUACCAAUUGUGUUUUUGGGUAAACACAUCUUCAAAACACCUGAGACGUCGCAAUUGAUUCAAUCUUGGGAGGAGUUGUGGAUGGAUAUCGUUCCGGGCACGGAAGCUGGAUUGAGAAUGUACUCGAGCGACAUAAUCGGUUACCUCCAGCGCGCCAUCACCUCCUCAUCGUGGAAGUUGAAAUCUCAAUCGGCCGCCGCUAUCGGAUCGAUGGCCAGUUCUCUCAAAAGUAAUUUAAAUCCGGAUCAGCGAGCCACUCUAUUACGAAUUCUUCUCGAUGGACUCACCGGUCGCACCUGGGAAGGAAAAGAGCAUUUGCUUCACGCAUUAGCUUCCCUCGUUAGUGCCCAAACUGUCGAGGACGUGGCCGUUCGAGAUGAAAUUAUUGGUGUGGUGUUGCGUGAAGCAAGGAAAGAAGCGCUGCCGUAUCGUCGACAUGCCGUUCAAGUUAUGGGACAAGUGGCCGAAGCUUUUCAAUCGGAUAUGUUUCCCGCCAUUUAUGAGAUGCUCCAGCCACUUUUUGAAAUGAAAGAAGACGAAAUGGAGGAGGAAGAAGAAGAGGAUCAAGGAGGAAGGCAGCAAAUGGAAACUCUGGAACUACAUGAAGCUGCCAUUCUGGCGUUGGGAAGAGCUUUUCCUUCUGAUCCCACAGCACAAGGAAAUUGCUGGAAUUCGUACAUGGCGUUGCUCCGGGUCGCUGUAGCCAAUACCACGCGCCAGGUUCAGUUGGCGAUUGUCACGUCUCUGCUUCAAGUGGCUGGCCGGAUGACUCCCAUUUUCCUGCCCGAUUUCCUUAAAGAGGCGAAUAAAAUUUUAGCUCCGUCGCUGGACGUUGCCAAUUACUCGGCGCUUCGAAUCGAAUCGCUCAGAGUUCUGAUUCUCGUACUGAAAAAAGUCCCAGAUUGUGAUCCCUCGACUCAAUGCGAUUUGAUGGAAAAUAUUCGAGAAGUGUAUUCUCUUCGAGUUGAAGAGUUUCUUCGUGAUGUUUCACCCGAAGUUAAAUCGCGAGCCGAUGAAGCCAAACGUUUAAUGAACUCUGAGUAAUUUAUACAUCGUGCAUCAAUGCUGAACGAAUGUUCUGUGUAAUUCUCCUAGCUUAAAUACAUUUUGUACUUAUUA